AUAUAUAUAAACAUAUGCACAUAAAUUGCAUUGAUAUUACAAAGUAUUAAAACAAUAAUACGUUUUGUUAUCACAGAAGAAAAAUUGAAGAAGAGGGGAUUCUGUAUAUUGAUGUUUAUUGCAACUGAUACCUAACCUGUAUUAUUUACCUUGACAGUGAUGUGAUUACGAAUGAUCUUUUGCUAUCAAUAUAAUCAAAACAAUAAUUAAACAACGAAAAACAAAAACAAAAAAUACAAAACAUUUGUAAAAAGAAAAAAAAAAAAUUAAAUAAAUAUUAAAAUGUUGUACGAAGAAUUAAAUGCAAAUUUUCCAUUGAUAAUGGACAAAUUUGCCAAAGUCAAAGAAUUGUUGGAUGAACAUAAUAAAUUAAAUUUGGAACGUGAACCAUAUAAAUUAAAAUAUGCAGCUAUAGAAUUACUCAAAGAAAUAGAAUUAGAUUUAAAUAACAGGCUAAAUAAUGAACCGGAAGAGAAAGACAAUGACAUGUUGACCAUAUUACUUGCUACUGCUCAUUUAAAGACAGGUUUACUUAAUGCCGAUACAGAAGAAUUAAAAACUGCAGAAGAACAGUUUAUGAAAUGCAUUGAUUUACUUAGAGGUAGAGAAUUGGAGCCUAAAAGUAUUGUCCUAGUUAUAGCAGCACUUAAUCAUUUAGGUAUCAUUUGGUCUCAAUGGAGUCAACCAGAAAAGGCUAAAACAUUUCUUGACAGAGCUAAACAAAUUUACAAAGAUUAUACAGAUCAACCAAAUCCCGAAGAACCUAUUGAUUUGAUAUCAAGCUUUGAUAUCGUUGAUACCAAAGAAGGUUUGAGUUUCAAACAAGUAUUAGAUAAGUUAAAUAUUUUAACAUUGUAUUAUCUUGCCCAAGUAUAUGGUGCAUUGAAAAAUCAUCACAAAUCUGCAGUAUAUUGUCAUAUAACAUUGCGCAUGCAAUUGGAACAAAAUGAAAUAACGAAUGAUUUAGAUUACAUUGAAUGGGCACUUAACGCAGCUACCUUGUCACAAUGUUUUUUAACAAAUGAAGGAUUUACUCAAGCGAGGCAUCAUUUGGCAGCUGCAUAUUAUAUACUUGAAAAAUAUGAACAAAUAAUGAAAGAUAAAGAAAGUGAAAUGGACAGUGAAGUAGCUGCUGCUGAACAUGAACGUUUCAAGCACAGAAGUGCCGAUGUUGCUAGAUGCUGGGCUAAAUAUGGAAUAUUAUUACUAAGUUCAUCGAUAAAUCGUCUCGUUAAAAAAGUAGAAAGUGAAGAAACUGAUUCUAAUGAUACCGAAGACAGUAGUCAAUUGGAUUCUAAAGGAGAAAAAGAUUCAGAAAAAGAUACGGAAAAAUCUUACGAUGAUCUCAAAUUUGAUAGUCUAAUGGAUGAUAUUAAACCAAUUGUCAAUCAAAUAACAGACGCUUAUUUAUUAGAUUUUGAUGAUGCUAAACCUGUAUUUUUAAAUGUUCAAAAAUGGUUAGAUCUAGCGAAAACGUAUUACACUCUUGAAAAUCAUGCAUCAGAUUAUGUUGAAAUUAUACGAGAUUUGUCAAGUGCUUAUAAAUAUUUGUCAUUUUUCGAAGAGAAUGAAGAUCGUCAAGCAAAAAUGCACAAACGUAGAAUAGAUAUUUUAGAAGCUACUGUUAAAGAAUUAAAUCCGCAAUAUUAUAAAAAUGUAUGUAGACGAAUUUGGAUAGAAUUAAGUACAACUUAUUCUGAUAUAUUGGAUAUUAAAUUGGAUCGUUUACGAGCAAACAAUGACAGAGCUGAGCCUCAAGCAUUAAACAAAAUCAAUAAUUUGGCUAAAAGUGCCAUUAAAAGUUAUCAAUUUUUCUUAGAUUCAUUGGACAGUAAUACUACUGAUGGAAGGAACAUAACAUUUCCUGCUGAUUUAGAACAACCUGCAUUAAGUGCAUAUUUUCUGAUGGGUGGAUUGUACAAUAAAAUGAUUACAUUUGAUAAAUCAGUACAAUUGGUUAAUACUCAAAAUAGUUUAAAUGCUUACAGAUUUAUAAUUGAUUAUUGUGAAACUCAUCCUGAGGCUGCUGAAAUGAUGAAAGAAGAAUUUAAUUUAUGCAAAGAGAUAGUUAAUUUACUUCCCGUUAAAAUUAAUAAAUUAAGAUUAGAAUUGAUGGACAAAUAGAUGAUGAUGAUGAUGAUGAUUCGAAAUAUUUGACGUAUUAUGAUAAUUAUUAAAAAUAAACAAUUCUCUAUGCAAUUCUAUGCAAUUUUAUGCAAUCAACAAUCUCUAGAAUGUUGCAUUUGAUUUUAUAACAUUUAUGUAUAUUAAAUACACAAUUUUAUUUUAUUUAAUGCAAUGAAUAAUCUCUUUGCUUAUAUAAACUUUUUGUGAAAUAUGUUUUGCAACAAAAUGGGGACAAGAAAAAACACUAUUAUAUGUAAUUUUUCAAUGUAAUAUUUACCACAACGAUUUUUUGCUACUGUAAACAACAACACACCUAUGAUUGAUGUUUUAUAUAUAUUAUAAAA